GUGGGCCCAAAAUGUAAAAACUGUCGCGAAAAAAACGUCACGGCGGUCGACGACGUUGGUAAGAGCUGUGACACUUUGAAAAUCGAAAUAUUUAAUUCUAUGAAUGCAUAAACUGGUAGAAUAAUUUGUAGAACAAAAGAUUGUUCUUAAUUUUGGAUUGCUUGCUGGCUGUUAAUUCCCUAAUUCAGCAAUGUUGCAAGCAGAAGAUGCCAAAUACCUGAAGAAGAAGGUGAAGGUGCUGUCUCUGGAUGUGCACCCCACUGAGAAGGCUAUCGUAGUCAACUAUGAAAUGGAGGCUACCAUCCUUGGGCAGAUGGGAGACCCGAUGCUGGGGGACAAGAAGGAGUGUCAGAAGAUCAUCCGACUGAAGAGUUUAGACAGCAAGUCUGAUGUGGUGACGGUAGCCAAGGAGGUGCUGGACAAGUGUAAACUCAUCCAUCAGUCCAAGCUGACGGAGGUGCAGCAUCUCAUCUCAUAUCUCAAGACCAGGAAGCGGCCAGACCACAAGAGUGAUGCACUGACGCGCUCCAGCCACUCCGACCUCACAAGCUCAACGUCGAGCGCCAGCCUCUCCGGCAGCCUCACAGGCGCACUUAAAGAGGAACUGCACGGCACUGCGUACUUUGCUGAGAUCGACUCAUAUCAGGAGAUGCUCUAUGAAGACUUGCCCAGCAAGAUUAAAGGCACUGCGCUGCUGCUGCAGCUCGCACGUAACCCCGACUACCUCAACGAACUCGCACAGAACGAGGCGGUGCUGGGGGCGUUAGCACGCACCCUCAGGGAGGACUGGAAGAAGAGCCUCGACCUCAGCUACAACAUCGUCUACAUCUUCUUCUGCUUCUCUGCCUUCUCGAACUUCCAUUCCGUCAUAUCGCAUUUCAAGAUCGGGUCGCUGUGUAUGGACAUCGUGGACGGAGAGCUACAGCGCGCCCAGCAGCUCAGAGAGCAGCUCGCCUCCAAGCGACGUCCUGCCAAGCCCAGCAACAUCGCCACCUCCAGGAUACCCAGCCCGUCUGGGUCCAAGCUGGCAAGUCCCUGCGGUUCUGCUGGAUCCAAGUCCAGCAAGCUGGGCAGCGCCAGCAGCAACAGCUCGUCCAGCCAUUCCGCUGAGGACGAUGAGGAGACCCACGCUGAUAAAACUCAUAGCAAAUAUCAGGGCGUGCUGGACAAACAGGACCAGGUGCUGCGGGUGUGCACAUACCUGCUGCUGAACAUCGCAGAGGACCACAAGGUGGAGGAGAAGAUGCGCCGUAAGAACAUCGUAGGGCUGCUGGUGCGCAUGCUGGAGAGGCGGUCCGCGCACCUACUGCUGCUGGUGCUCUCCUUCCUCAAGAAGCUCUCCAUAUACACCGAGAAUAAGGACGAUAUGAGCGACCUGAACGUCGUGGAGAAAGUGUAUCUUUUGAACGCCACAUUGUGGCAUGCCAUCAUCAAGUGUGGCGCGCUGCCCAAACUCAUGCCACUGAUGGAGUCGGAGCAGCACCAGCAGGCGGCACUGUCAGUGCUCUACCACCUCAGUGUCGACGACAAGGCCAAGAGUCUCUUCACCUACACUGACGCCAUCCCCACUAUGAUGCAGCUGAUCAUGACGCAACGCCCUCCUUGUGAUCAGAUGAUGCAGCUGAUCAUGACGCAACGCCCUCCUUAUGAUGCAGCUGAUCAUGACGUAACGCCCUCCUUGUCAUCAGAUGAUGCAGCUUCUGCGCACGUGGAGGCGCUAUGCAGCGUCGUGUCGGGUCCCGUGACGGACGAGUUUGUGCUGGAGUGCGUGGGUGUCUUGGGCAACCUGGCGCUCCCCCACCUCGACUACACCAGCAUCCUCACCAACUUCGGCCUGCUCGCCUGGAUACAGGACAAGCUCAAGCCUGGAUGCAGCAGCGCGGACGACAUCAUCCUGGAGGUUGUGGUGCUGCUGGGGACGCUGGCGGGUGAUGAGGCCGCUGCUGAGGUGCUGCUGAACAACAAUGUCCUCAGCACGCUCGUUGCCCUCAUCAACGACAAGCAAGAGGACGACGAGCUUGUGCUGCAGAUCGUGUACGUAUUCUACCAGUUCUGCCGCCACGACCACACACGGCCUCACGUCAUCGCCACACGCGAGGUGCCUGCCUACCUCAUCGACCUCAUGCACGACAGCAACAGCGAGAUCCGGCGCGUCUGUGACACCACGCUUGACAUUAUUGCGGAGCACAGUAAGGAGUGGGCGGAGCAGGUGCAGCUGCAUAAGUUCCAGUGGCACAACUCGCAGUGGUUGGCCAUGGUGAAGGGGUCGGGGCUGGGGGAUGAGGGGGUCGCCUUUGGUGGAGGUGGAGGGGAGGAACUCCUCCUGCUGGGGGGCGAGGAGGGUCUUGGGUCCAGCUACAUGCGCCACUCAGACGUGCUCGCGAGUCACCACAGCCUCCUCAGUGACGGGCUGUCAUCUCCGGACAGCGAAGAGUUCCUUCCAUCCGCCCUCCCGAGCACCUGUUCAGCGGCGAUUUCGAUUGACGGGCGCUUCCAUGACCCUCCCACGAACUUUCAUAACGUAGGCGUGACGGGGCCUGGACUCCGUACAUCCAACUGCCUGCUGAUGUCCAUAUUUAGCACUAGCCUCGCACUUCAGACGUCAUGA